AUGUGCAGGAUACUACGUUCCGAGAUAUGGCGACAGGUCCGCCUGCUCUACGAUUGGCUUCACCUGGUAUGCUUUUCGCUGGACCCAGUGCACAUUGCAAGUACUAAGCUGCAGUCCCUUCGAAAGCUUGCAGCUCAGAAUACGGAAUUUCUAUGGCGUAAGACCCUACCCAUUCUUCCAAAAGGAGGCGAAACCAAGGAAGCCAGCAGCACGGCGCUGCAAGUUCUCGGGGGAGCCUUCAUCCCGGAAGACAUCGUUGACGUCCUCAAGAAAGGACCCAAGUUCAGCUCCGAGCCCAGGAUCCCGGGACAUGAGCUUCUUUCCCUGAAUAGAAGGAUUUCCAACAAAGCUGCACCAGAGGACAAGGAAAGGUGUCUGCUGGACGGAGUUGACAGCCUGACCAGAACGGUGUCUAAGAAAGGAACUCGUCCAAGAACCCCCACAAGACGUAUCGUGAAUUUUUUCAACGACAAUGACCUUCGACUUCUGCAGGCCGACAAAGAAGGAGGGUUCGUGGCCAUGCCGUCGGGCAUGUUUAACGAAAAGGCUCUACAAGCCAUCCAGAAGAAUUUCAAGGUGACGAAACUCAAGCCAAGUAAGGAAAAGAGCCGUGCCAUAUCUUUAUGUGAAGACCUUGGACUACAGAAGCUGGCUAGUAGCGUCCACAAAUGUAGGAAAAACUGUUUAAAUGUAUUCUUUACUGCAAAAACGCACAAAGAUGAUAUACCGUUCAGAUGUAUUGUAAGUGAAAGAGCUUCCUGGCAAAACAACGUUAGCCGCUACCUUCUAAAGCAGCUUAACACGUUGGUUAUAGAUGACCCAUUCAUGGUAAAGAAUAGUUUUGACGUCAUAGCCUUUUUACGUGAGUCCCAGUCGAUAGGAUGCUUGUUCUCAAUAGAUGUUGUUGACCUUUUUUAUUCUAUUCCGCAAAAAGAAUUGUUAGCUGCCGUCCUGAGCUGCAUUGAGAUGAACGGGCAGGUAUCCUUUCAGAAUACAGCAGGAAUUUCCGUGGUUAACUUCAUGGCACUCUUGGAGUUUUAUUUGUGCUCAACGGCUGUGUGUUUUCAAGGCCACUUUUAUGUGCAAAGGAAAGGAAUUUGUAUUGGCUCGUGCGUGGCUCCCGUACUUUGCAACAUUUUCCUUGCGGGCAUCGACAGAGCGCUAUCGAAGGUGUUUGACGGAGGCAAUGUGCUCAAGGUUUAUAGGUAUGUUGACGAUUUUUUAAUUUUACUGACGGAACGAUCUCCCUUGACUUACUCUCAUACUGUGCAGGGCAUUUUAACUGAUUUUAAACAGCAAGGAAAAGGCUUAGAUUUUACUUUCGAACUAGCCAAGGAUAACAGCUUGCAGUUUUUAGACCUUAACAUAACCCUUACUGACGAAGGCUCCUGCUGGAUGUACCGACCCCGUGCCCGCAAAGAGGUGUUGCCGUAUGAGUCUACACACUCCAAGACUGUUAAACGAGCAAUUGCCACUAUGUGCCUAGAAUCCGCACUGAAAAAAUCAUGCUGUCAUAAGGCACAAGCAAGCUUUGACGACCAGAUUUUGAAGUUGAGGAAGGCUGGCUUUCCUUGCUUGGCUUUAAGCGCAGUUUCAGAGGCGUUAUUGAAAAAACUCAAAAAAGAAAGAAAAAGAAGUGAAGAAGGUCUAACAGUCGAAAACAAAGGUAAAGCGGUGGUGAUACCAUAUUCUCAUAAAGUGGCGCAUAAUCUGAAACAUGUCGCUGUGAAAUACAAAAUUCCUGUGGUUUUUUCCGCGCCGCGAAAACUUGCUACUUUGUGCCGCCUGAUUGGUCCGGAUGACUCAAAAAAAGUAGGGUGUUCUAUUAAACAUACGAACCCCUUCGUUAAGUGUGAAGAAGGGGUAGUAUACCACAUACCAAUGAAGUGUGGAAAAGAGUAUAUCGGCCAAACUGGGCGAUGUAUUAAUGAACGCCUGCGGGAGCAUAAGCUAUCAUUGAAAAAUGGAUAUGGUUCAAACUUGCCGCUUCAUUGCAAGGCCUGCGGAAAUGAGGAUGAACGGGUAUGUGAAGCGAGGCUUCAUGAUACGACAAUCAUGUAUAAAAGUAAAGAUUCUGUUGCGCGGGAAUUGUUGGAGGCCAACGAGAUUAAGAAAAGAGGGGACAACUGUAUCAGUACCCCGUCUUUGAAUAUAUACUCGAAUGAAAGUAUGUUUUUAGAUAAGUUUUAG